AGGAGACAGAAAGAGAGAGAAGAACAACGAGAGAGAGAAAGAGAGAGAAUUAAGAACGAGAGAGAAGAAUGAGGAUUGCUCCAGGUGUUGUACCGUCGGACGAAGAGCUGAUUAAUUGCUACUUGUUGAAAGUAUCAAUGGGGAUUCCACUGCCAUGGAAUUGGAUGUCGGAAAAAGAGAUUUACGGCGAAACAACAGAUCCAUGGGAAGUUCUUCAAGACGUUCAUUGGGAAGAUUUUCAUUCCGAAACGAAAUUCAAGCACGUCACGUACGUUCUUACCAAGUUAUUACGAGUUAAUGGCAAGACUCGUAUCGCCAGAAGAACAAAAUCGGGUACUUGGAAGGGACAAACGAGUGGCAAAGAAAUUUACGAUGAGUCAUCGGGAAAUUUAAUCGGCUUGUCCAAGAUGUUCACUUUUUACAAGAAUAAACCUAAAGGCCGGAGCGGCGAAGAAGAACACGGUCACUGGAUUAUGCAAGAGUUUUCAUUGGCCGGGGUUUGUUUGAAUUUUGAGUUGAAGUUUAAAGAUUACGCAAUUUGUAGAAUCACUAGGAUGUUUCCAAAGGAAAACUAAAAGGAAAAGACAAAGAAGCAGCCGAAGAUUAGCAGAAGACGAAGGAAUCGAAGAAGAUCGUGAUGCGUUUUCCAAGAUGCAGAAGAUUGAUUUGGAUAAUAUAGAGUUCGAUUUCGAUAUCGAUAUCGAUGACAUUACGUUGA